AUGGCGGAUCCGAAUUACAAGGACGAAGAAAAGAACGGCAGCGACGAUGUCUCGGCUGUCGAACCCAGGCGUAGACGCUCGAUCGAUAUCAUUCACGCGCUGGUGGUCGAAGAUCACGCUCACGAAAUCAAACUGCGGACCAUGUCCUGGCAAAAGGCCGCCUGGCUGCUCGCUGGCGAUCAGGUCUGCCUCGCCAUCAUGGCCCAAACAUGGUCCCUGUCCGUCCUCGGUUGGGUUCCUGGCAUCAUCACCAUGGUCGCCUCGGGAGUCCUUUUCUGGAUUACUUCGAUCACCAUGCACAAGUACAUCAUGAAGUACCCUGAAAUCAUGAACAUCUGUGACUUUGGAUACUACAUCUUCGGCAAGUCCCGAGCCGCCUAUGCCUUCAGUGGCUUCAUGCUGCUUGCCAACAACAUCAUCCUGAUCGGCUUCCACAUCCUCACUGGCGCCAAAAUCAUCAACACCCUGUCGGACCACUCGCAGUGCACCGUGGUCUUCUCUGUCAUCGUCACGCUGAUGGGCGUCGUCAUGUCGGCGCCCCGUACUCUUCGCCACGUGUCGUUCAUGUCCAUGUUCUCGGCUUUCUGCAUGGGCAUCGCCAUUCUUCUUUUCCUCAUCUUUGCCGGUAUCGAGGACGCCCCCGGGUAUGGCUACAACGGCAGCUACCCCACCGACGGACCUGUGAGAACUUACGCAUUUCCCCUGUCCGGGACGACUUGGAUCAACUGUCUCAAUGCCGUGCUCAACAUCACAUUCUUAUGGGUUCCACAAAUCCUCUUCCCGACGUUCAUCGCUGAGAUGGAACGACCACAGGAUUUCCCAAAGUCUCUCGCCGUCCUCACAGCCAUCUCUGCCUUCCUCUUCAUCUGCCCUCCGGCGAUCGGGUUUCACUACUUGGGUCAAUACUCGACCGCACCGGCGUUUGGAUCCCUCGGACCUCUCACGUACAGGAAGGGCAGCUUCGCCUUCGUGAUUGUUCCGACGCUCGUGAUCGGGGUCAUCUACGCCAAUGUCACGGCCAAAUUCAUCUAUACUCAUAUCUUGGGAACGUCACGACACGCGCACAGCAACACCGUGAUUGGAUGGAGUGUAUGGAUCUUGGUCAUGGCCGGCAUCUGGUUUCUCGGCUUCAUCUUUGCCGAGGUCGUCCCUAGCAUGGGUGACUUUUUGUCUCUGUUGGGUGCCGCCUUUGACUCGUUCUUCGGAUUCAUCUACUUCGCCAUCGCGUAUUGGCUGUUGUACAAGGGCAAACUGUUUGCCGGUCCCUUCAGGUCGAUCAUGACUGCGAUCCACGCUUUUGUGAUGGUUGUGGGUCUCUUCUUGCUCGGCCCCGGUCUUUACGCUGCAGUCAAGGCCAUCAUUGCGGAUUACUCUGGAAGUACGACGCCGGCUUUCAGCUGUGCCAAUCUGUCCAUCUAG